UGAAGCUAUAAACAAUCUAGAUUGUAAAGAAGAAAAGGAGCCACAGCUGUAGUGUCAACUUCCAAGACGUUUUACAAGACUGGACAAAGAAGAUGAAUUUCCUCUGGGGACUGCUGGUGCUGCUGGUUUUCAGUAUUCCGGGGGUAAAAGGGAGCCUCUUGGAGUUUGGAAGCAUGAUCAAAGAAGUCACUGGGAAAAGCGCUUUCCCCCAGUACUCCACAUAUGGGUGUUAUUGUGGGUUGGGUGGCCAAGGUCUAGCCCGAGAUGCUACUGACCGCUGCUGCCAGGCCCAUGACUGCUGUUACGGAAAGCUGAGCGACUGUAAAACCAAAACAGACAGAUAUCAAUAUACCAACAAGAACGGAGUAAUCACUUGUGGUGAGGGAAGCUGGUGCGAGAAGCAGAUUUGUGAAUGUGACAAGACAGCGGCUCUCUGCUUUCGCGAAAACCUGGACACUUAUGAUGUGAAGUAUCGCUUUUACUACAACAUCAACUGCAAAGAAAGCACAAUGAAAUGUUGAGCUAACCUUCAGCAAA